AUGAGAAUCACACCUGUGGUGCUCCUGGGCCUAUUGGCCCUCUUCGUUGGAGUUGCUGAACCAGCUAACAUUCUUGGUGUGUUUACCAGUACCAGUCCAUCUCAUAAUAUUGUCCACAUAGAAUACAUAAAGGCAAUGGUUGAACGUGGUCAUAAUGUGACAGUGGUAACUACGCAACCUUUAAAGGAUAAAAACCCAAAAUAUCAUCAUAUUUACUUGCCGCAAGAAAAAAAGAUUAUAGAUUCUGUGUUUUAUCUAUUGGAAGAGCAAGCUGAACCACUUAGAAAUCCACUUUUUCUAGAUUUAAUGAAUAAUCCGGAUAAUAAAUUUGAUCUUGUUAUAAUUGGAUAUUUCUCCAAUGACUUCCACCUGGGAAUUGGUGCACAUUUUAAGUGUCCAAUAGUUUUAAGUUUUACGUCGGCAGCAAAUAAUUUACAGGAUCGCUAUAUUGGAAAUCCACCAGAAGUAGCUUACGUUACGGCAUUAUCUUUGUUUGCGCCACCAGAUCCAAUGAAAUUUACUGGAAGAUUGACCAAUUUUAUGAUAAAUUUUUUGUGGAAAAUAUUGCAAUAUUUCUUGCAGCGGCAUUCAGAAACUUUGUACAGUGAAAUCUUCCCUCCUUCAAAAUAUCCUCCGUUUGAAGAAACGAAGAAAAUGGUGUCGCUGGUAUUGUUGAACUCCCACUUCACUGAUGGUUUCAUUCGUCCUCAUGUUCCAGCUGUUGUUGAAGUUGGCGGAAUUCAGAUCAAACAGAAACCUGAUCCUUUACCAGAGAAUCUUCAAAAAAUCAUCAACGCUUCCUCAGAGCAUGGAGUUAUCUAUGUCAGUUUUGGAUCACACAUCAAACCAUCUGACAUAAACCCCCAACUUAAUGAAAAUAUUUUCAAAGCUUUAGCUGGUCUCAAGCAGACAGUUCUUUGGAAAUGGAAUGAUGCUGAAAAACCAGGAAAUGCUCCAAAUAUCUUUUAUGAAAAAUGGCUACCUCAAGAUGAUCUACUAGCCAAUCCAAAGGUUAAACUCUUCAUUACACAUGCUGGCAAAGGAGGUGUCAUUGAAUCACAAUACCAUGGUGUUCCAAUGGUAGCAAUUCCAUUAUUUUUUGAUCAAGUUUCAAAUGCUGCUCAAGUCGAAAGACACGGAUUUGGGUUAGAACUUGAUCAGCAUACAUUGAAAGCAGAGGUAUUAAGAACUGCAGUUUUGGAAGUACUGGAGAAUCCGAAAUAUGUUAAAAAGGCCCAACAAUUCUCAAAACUUUACCGGGAUAGACCAAUGAAUGCUAAGGAUACUGCUGUAUUUUGGUUGGAGUAUGUGCUAAGACAUAAAGGUGCUUAUCACAUGCAGAGUCCUAUGGUACAUUUGAAUAGUUUCCAAUAUUUAAGCUUGGAUGUUAUUGGAUUUCUAGUUUUAGUUAUAUUUUUAGUUUAUAAGACAGUUACUAUUACAACUAAGUUUGUGUUUAAAAAGAUCUCUGCAAAGCUGCAAAAAAUUAAGAAACAUUGAAAAUACUUCAGUAAACCCUCGAAGUUCCUUUAAGAUGAUUAAAAUUUCUAUACUUUAAGACACACUUUGUUACAAAAAAUCAUAUU